AUGUCCCACUCAACCGCUGGUGGAGGAGGAAACACCUCUGGUGGCGAUCGCCAAUCCGCGUCGUCGGAGCCGAAUCGCGCCCCUGCAUCGGGACUUUCAUCGGCGUUCUCUGGACGCCCCACCGAAUCAACACCACGCCCGAGCGUGUUUGGAGGAGGUGGAACAUAUCCAUUUGGCAACUACCUCGCAGAGAAGCGUGAGCGUGAGCGCCUGCGUGAAAUUGAGCGCGACCGGGAACGCGAUCGCGACCGCGACAGGCCCCAGCAAAAGCCCGCGGCUGGGGGACCAGACACGUCCCCGCAGCGAUCGGCUCAGUCUGGGUUCCCCCGAUCAGUCCUGUCGACAUCGCCCACGCUCUCCAGCCGGCCACCAAACCCCCCAGGUCCGGCUGCAUCCAAGCCAUCCAACCCCCCUCCGGCUUCGGCAACCUCGUCGGCCUCGGCACCUCGUGCACUUCCCGGCUUGCCAGGCUUUGCCAGCCUGGGUGGCCGUGCCAUGCCCGGUUAUGACGACAGGCGCGACCGCUUCGGUGGGAGCGCUGGCUCAACGGCCGACAAAGGACCCGGCCAUCAACGAACACUUUCGAGCUCUAGUCAGACUCAGCCAGCGCGCGAAAGUCUGAGCGGCCUUUCAUCCCUCGGCCAGACAAGCCCUGUGAAGACCAACAUCCCGCCUCCGCCCACUACAGGUUCGCGCGGCCUGUACGGAGGUCCUCCUGCCCUUUCGCAGGGCUCGCGCGACCCCACUCCCCAGAGGUCGCCCGUUCAGCACCCCGCGUCUGUCACAACCUCGCCCACCCAGCAGCCGCGUGAAGCUCCUCCUGCGGCGGCGACGGCUUCAGCGGCUGCAAAGGCGGCGACCUCGACGUCCGCGGCUUCUUCGCAGCAGGGGCGACCCCCGUACUCUUUCAGCUCGACGUACGCGUCAGCCUACACUCAGCCCUACAACUCUUAUGGCUUGAGCGGCUCUUUCCUUGGAUCCGGGUCAUCGUAUCCGUUCAGCGGCUUCUCGCAGCAGGACCGCGAGCGCCGCGAGCGCGAACGUGAGCGAGAUCGCGAGCGCGAGCGUGAGAGGGAGAGGGAGCGUGAGAGGGAAAGGGAGCGCGAGCAGCAACAACGCGACAGGGAGAGGGAGAGGGAGCGUGAACGCGAGCGCGAGAAAGAAAUUGAACAGGCCCGCGAACGCGAACGCCAAAAGGAACGCGAACGCGAGGAGCGUCUCCGCGCCGAGAAGGAACGCGAGCGCGCCAGGCAGCCGCCCUACGGCGUCGAGGCCAAGCCAUUCCAACCGCCCCGUCAGACCUCGACCUACACAGACCUGUAUCGUCCGCGGAACACGCCUUCUACUCAGCCCCUGUUCAACGAGCCCAAGUACACGCGCAUCGAGGUCAUCAACCGCCCCGACACCCAGGCUCCAUACCCGGCUGCGAACGACCCCAAGCCCGCUCCUGCGGCAGCUCCGGCUCAGGCGCCACCCCCUGUUGCUGGAGGAAGAGACCCUCGUGCCUACAACUACACUGCCAAGCCUGAGCCUCGCGAGUACACUUACACGCCCCGAGACAAGAGACCUCGAAUGGACGCGACGAUCGAGGAACAGGCGCAACCCCAGCGCCCGCGAGCCCAAGGUGGCCGUGCGAAGCGUCGCAAGGAGGAUGACAAGAAGUCUCCCGCUGUUCAGCAGCGUGACUGGUCUCAACUCACGGUUGCUAUCAAGAAGUGGCCUGAAGUUUCAAGCGCGCCGAUCGAGGCGUGGCUCAAGACGGUACCCGACCUCAAACGUGUCAUCGGCCACACAGUUUACGAAGGUUCAGACUGGUCCCUUGCCAAGACGACCUCGACUCGUUCAGGCAACGAAGGCGCAUUAGUUAACGUCAGGAUUGGCGGCGGAUUCUUGGGCACCAACUGGAAGGUCCGAGGCGAGCCCGGCUGGGACGAGGCACGCGCAUCCGGCACAGACGGGGCAAUUGUGGGGCUCGGUUGGGCCGAAGGUGGUCAGGCUCGCAGACAGCGCAAAGUCUGGGGCACCGAUGUGUACACCGAUGACUCGGACCUCGGUCUUGUGCUCGUGCACGCCGGCUGGAUUAGAUGGGGCGGCCCCGUUGGCCGCAGCGAUGACGACAUUAUCGAGGUUACCGUCCGUGUCGUGCCCAGUCUAGUCCGCUAUACUGCAACCGAACGGAACGGGGUCAUCACUCGUGGCUGGGGCAACGGCCAUGACGGGACCAGCAUUGUGGUGGAAGGCGUCGAGCGCGUAACGAUCAACAAGAAGUUUGCCGAGCGGCUCCCCCGCCGUGCCGCACGGAAGCUGGCCAUGGCCGAACUUGCCCGACAGCGCGCCAUUCUCUUCAAGCUUAACCCAGCGCCCAUCGACAUCGACCACGCUGUGUUCGGCCUGGCUGAGGAGGAGGACCUAAUCCCCAAGCAACCCAUCGUCGGCCCUGAGCAGCUGGUGUUCGUUGCGGGCCAGGCCGGGUUCAAAUACUCGCCAGAAGCACUGGCUGGGUACAUUGAUCAGCCAGCUGAUGACAGCCCCUUGACCCGGUCUUUGUGGACGCACGACCUUGAGUUUGGCUCCAUGACGGACAAAUACCGAGUCACCCUUGUUCCUACCGACUACGGCGUUCCCAGGAUUACGGUCUCAUCCGUGGUCAUCAAGAGGCCGAAGCCCGAGCGUAAGAAGGACGUGAUCGCCAAUGGUCAUACGGACGAGUUCGACGACGCCGAAAUUGUUGCCAAGAACCUCAACCCCGCUUCCGCGCAUUGGCUUCCGCAAGGGCUAGCGCUGCAGCUCGAUGUUGCCAAGGGCUUUAUCUGCCCAGCCGAGACCUACCGCUGGAUCCUGCGGAAGGACGGCUCCGCUCUCCCUGAUGACCCAGCCGCGCCGUCUGCUUCCCCCGCAAAGGUGGCCCCUACCCCGCAGGAGCCCGCCGGGGAGGCUGUCGACAAGGACGAUGCCCAGCCUACGACCGAGGUCGUGGAGGAGAAGGUUGAGCAGGCCCUUCCUGAUCAGAGCGAGCCAAUCGAGACGGAAGAGCCCGUUGAGGCGACCGUCACGGAGGCUGUUAAGGAUACCGCCCCAGAGCCUGCAGUGGAACCUGCUCCUGUCGCCGAUGGCGACAUCGUCAUGGACGAGGCAAAGGACGAGUCGACCGCUGCGGAGGCUCCAGAGCCUGAGGCGGCGGAAGUACAGAAGGAGGUUGCGGAGGAGCCCAAGGUUGAGGUGGUGGAGCCCGAACCGCAGCCGACGGAGUCGGAGCCCGAGGCGCCUGUUGAACCGCCAGCAGCUGCCGAGGAGCCAACGGCCGACGCCGCCACCACCACAACCGCUACCACUGAGGAGCCCACCGAAGCAGCAAAGGAGGAGCCCACCGAAGCUGCUGCUGCGGAGGUGGUCCCUGAGGGAGAGGUCGACGACGAGCCGAUGGACAUGGACAUCGACGAAACGCCAACCCCUCCUGCGCCGGUGGUCGAGGAGCCCAAGCCCGCCGAGUCUAGUGCACCUACGACCGAUGCGGCGCCAGCCGAAGCGAGCACCGAACUCAAGGAGACCGCCCCUCCUGUCGAACCUGCACCGGAAGCCGAGGCCGAGUCUGCUCUGGAGGAGGGCGAGGUGCCAGCCGAUGUGGCUGCUCCCGCCGUUGAGCCUGAGGCCACGGCAGCCCCAUCAACAGAGGCUCCAAGCGCCGUUGAGCCUCCUGCCGACGCAGAGCCCAAGGCCGACGCUCCUGCAGAGGAAGCCACCCCGGCUGAGGCUGCCGCCUGA